UGAGCUGCUGGCGACUUCCUGAUCCCGCUGUCCCCUCCCCGCAGGCUCCCGGCUCUCCUUAGCAAUCCCGGGCUCAGCCCCGGGCACCUAGACCUGGGCCAGAGCAGGUGAAGGCAUAGCAUCCAGGUGGUCCCUUUUCCAUGACCAUCACUACCGAUGACUUGAGCUGCAGCCCAGGUCAUCUGGUUUCACCCAGCUGCGUGAUCUAAGCCCCCUUUGGGAUUUCAGCCUCAUGUCAUCGGUCACUUUUGGCCUCCAUGGUUGCUGACAUCAUCUUUGGUUCCUAUAUCUGAUGUUCACCGUGACCAAGGCCUUGGAAAAGGCUCUUCAUCAGCACUUCAUAUACCAGAAGCUAGAGAUCGCUUAUGCUAUACACAAGCCCUUUCCCUUCUUUGAAGCCCUCCGAGACAACUCCUUCAUCACCGAGAGAAUGUACAGUGAAUCUCUGGAAGCCUGUGGAAAUUUGGUUCCCAUAUCCAGAGUGGUGUACAAUAUCCUUACAAAACUGGAGAAGACUUUUGACCUAUCGCUCCUGGUGACACUAUUCAGCCAAAUUAACCUGCACGAAUAUCCCAGUCUGAUGGCAAUUUUAAGAAGCUUCAAAAGUGUUGGUGCUUCUUAUGAAGAAUGGAACAAGCCCACAUCAAUCAUGUUCAAAGCUCCAGAUGACCCAGCAGAAGGGAGCUCCCACCAGACCCAUCUACCUCUACCAAGUCCUCAUUCGUGUUUGUCCAUAGUCAGUGGGCCCAAAGCAUCCUCACAGCAAAUCGAUGAGAUCCCGGAGGAACAAUCCAGCCAUUCUGAUCCUGCUGUGCCUCUCCUGGGAAUCAUCAGGGAAGGAGGAAGCACUCCAGUGACUGAUGACAACUUAAUGUCCAAAACAAAUGAGGAAGAAGAAUCACGAGAGAUGCCCAUCUCUCCCUCUGACACUGUGCAAGAGAUAAGAGAGGCGUCUCCAAUACCAUGUGACCCAAAAGAGCCCCCGGAAGUAACCAGCACACCUGUAAACAAGAAAGGAAAGAAAAGAAAAAGAAAUAUCUGGUCAACUCCAAAAAAGAGACAUCAGAAAAAACGCUGUCCAAGAGAAAUCAGCCAUGAAACUUCAGAAAUGAAGGAAGGAAAGAGGCCCCAGAAGACGCCCAGCACACCAAGGACCACGCAUGGUAAAGAGGCAGCCUUACCUGGGCGUGGAAUCCAAAAGAAGCUCCAGGUGGUGAGUCAGGGGACUCAAAGGAAUGUGGUGAAAAGGGCCCGGAAUAUAAAGGCUGCAUGUGCCAAGACAUCCAUGCCAAAAGGUAAGGCCAACCAUGGAAUCUGACAUUUGGAUGGCUCAGUGUGGGAGGGUGUGUCCUGGAGCAGGUAUAGAGGUAGGUAGACAUGUAAACUCAGUAGCAGAAGGAGGGAAAAGAACAGAUGAGGGGAGCAAGGACCUGUCAGUGUGUGAUGGCUGGUGGAAG